AUGGCGCCAAUGCUCAUGCCAUCCCAUCAGGCCAUCGGCGCCAUCGCCAGCCGUCCUGAGAAGGAAGGGGUGCAGGGUAAUAGGAACGGCGCAACUCCCACCCGCUCCAAGCAUCCUUCACAACAACGUCGCAUUCUGGAAGCCCUGCAGCAAACCACCACCAUCGUCAUUUCUACUGUGCUGCGCUGCGUUGCGCUGCACUACAACAACUACAUGACAAUCUCUGUGUCGUCGACCGUCUUCGCCCCAGACGAUCCUCCUCAAUUGGGCCGCGCGAGAUCGACUCGGAUCGGUAGGAUCGCGGAGAUCAAGACCUGA